UUAUGUGCAACGAGCUGCUUUAUAUUUCUAUAGACGUCCUUUGAAUCUAGAAGGCUGGGGAAAUUGGGAUGUUUGUGCGGCGCGCGCCAUCUCGGGGGUGUGGUAAUGCUCGCGCUGUGACCUCACGCGCGCACGGGCUCUGAAUACUCAGCACUCAGAGCAAGCAGCGCACAGCGAUCACCAGAUAACCGAAGGCAUGGCUGCGUCUCAGGGGAAGAGCGAACUCCGUUAUGCGGACUGGAUGUCAAGUUUACCGGCAACCUUGCACAGCACUCCUCUCACCAAUCUCGCAAUACCGGGUUCCCAUGACUCAUUUAGUUUCUACAUUGAUGAAGCCUCACCAAUUGGACCUGAACAGCCUGAGACAGUGCAGAACUUUGUCUCUGUGUUUGGUACUGUGGCCAAGAAACUGAUGAGGAAAUGGUUGGCAACACAGACGAUGAACUUCACAAACCAGCUGGAGGCAGGGAUCCGCUUCUUUGAUCUCCGCAUAUCCACCAAACCCAGAGACCCCGACAAUGAGCUCUACUUUGCACACGGUCUGUUCAGCGCCACCGUACGCGAAGGCCUGGAGCAGAUCAGCACUUUCCUGGCCUCCCAUGCUCGCGAAGUGGUGUUCCUGGACUUCAACCACUUCUAUGGCGUACAGAACCUCCAUCACGAAAAGCUGGUCCAGAUGCUGCGAACCAUCUUUGGGGACCGACUCUGCCCAGUAGUGUUUGCUCAAGAGGUAAGCCUGAAGUACCUCUGGGAAAAGGAGUAUCAAGUGCUGGUCUUCUAUCACAAUCCCAUGGCUCUGGAGGUUCCAUUCUUGUGGCCAGGUCAGAUGAUGCCCUCCCCUUGGGCCAACACUACAGAUCCCGAAAAGCUUAUUCAAUUCCUUCAAGCCUCUGUCAAGGAUCGGAGACAUAAGGGCACCUUUUUUGUGUCCCAGGUGGUUCUCACUCCCAAAGCAAGCACCGUCAUGAAGGGUGUCACCAGCGGCCUGAGGGAGACCAUCACAGAGAAAGCGCUUCCAGGCAUGAUGCAGUGGAUCCGCUCACAGCGACCUGGCGAAAGUGGCGUAAACAUCAUCUCGGCUGACUUUGUGGAGCUGGGUGGAUUUAUCAGCGCCAUUAUCACCCUCAACUACUACCUGGAUGAUGAGGAAGAGAAUGCAACCUGAACCUCCAAAUAUCCAGAGUCACUUGUGGUAUUAAUUACACUUGCUCCCUUUCUCUUUAGUUUAAUUGUAAUCUUAUUGAUUUGUAUCUAUUUUUGGAUCAUAGAGCUCUGGUUGUCUCUGACAUUUUUAGGGCUUAUGAAAACCGUAAGGUUAAGAGAUAAGAGUAGAGAGCAGACGCGGUCAAGUGGAUUAAUUUCAGGUAUUGUCUGAGAACUAGGACAAAUCGGACAGAAGGCGAUUUCAUGUUUUUUCUGGGCAAAAAGGUGACUGGCCUUUUCUCAUGUUUCUCUUCUUCCUAUCUGUUGGACUAUGCUGAUUCAAAUGCGCAACAUUUUCACAAUUUAGCUUCUGAUCAAAGUACCAAUAACAUUAACUCAUAUCAUGGGGAAUAAAUAUUGUUUGACUCUAUAGUAGGUCUGUUUCUUGUGGUAAUAGUAACUUGUAUUAUUGUCAAGUUGUAAAUACUUGUAAACCUGUUGAAUUGUACUAUUGCUUACUAUUUGUCCUGCUCAAACAGAUGAGUUAAGGUUCCCUUCAGGGCCUCGGUCUGGUCUUAUAAUGCUGAAGAAGUGAACUAUUAGAUGUUUGUAUUCACAACCAAAAAUGGCAAAUUUAUGUAACAGCAUAUUUGUCUUUUUGCCAGUAUCAACACUGAGAAGUGUGGCUUUGUAUCGAAAAUUUUUUGGAGUCAUCCUUUACUUCGUCUAUGAUUCUAAAAUGGAUUCUUUUGUAAUUGUGAAGAAAAUAUAUACAGUAUUCAUUGCAUUUGCACUGUUGUGACUGAGGACUGUUAAAGAGUGGCCAUUGAAGUUUUGUGGCCUGUUAAAUCCAAAUGCAGUGCACAAAAAGCAGUAUACCUGAUAGUUGAGUAAAAUGCUUAAUACAAUCCUUGUAUCCCUUGUUUAAAUAAAUAAACAAGGGACACUACUUAAUAAUUGUAAACAGACCAAUUAUGAUGCCAUUUUCAAAUAAUCCAGACUAAUUGGAUAAAUUGCAGUGCUAAUGUUUUAAUCAACCAGAUGCCAAAUAAUUUAAUUUGAUCAGUAUAUGAAUUUUUUUUAACAAUGUGACAGAUUCUCUCACACUAAUGUCUUCUCUCUUUAUUUUCUCUAUUUGAACAAAAAUUAAUAGUAAUUAUAUGCUGAAUUGUUAAGGCAUUAUGUGAGUGUAGAGCGCAGGAGGGUGGGGCUGGGCUGGAAUAACGCAUGCCAAUAAACCGGUCACCAAUCAGCCUGAUGGGGCGUAUGAGGGAUAAAGGCGACCUGUGACAACGGUUUGAGAGAGAGAGAGAGAGAGAGAGAAUUACAGGCAGCUGCUCUGUGUGUUUAUGUUUGUGUGUUUUUCGUUUAUUUCUUCAUUAAACUGUAAUUUAUAUUGUAAAAAAAAAAAAAACUCACUCACCGUUUCUCUGAUGCACCGUCACGUGGUCCCGGAUCACUCCUCCACCCUCUCAGGCGGGCGGCAGCCGCCCCUACCCGGGCGGACCGGAGUCAGACUUACAACCCCGGCAGAUGGAACACCCCUCCGCGUUCCCGGCGACUCGCAGGGCUCUCCGCCCUGGCAGCGGCUCCACUGCUCCAGGCAGUCGGGUAGUCCAGCCUCCACUCGCCUCGCAGACAGCGGCUGCUCCCCGAGUCCGGCCGGUCGGGCUACCCCGUCCCACUGUGGAUGGGAGCAGCUCUCACCUGGGUGGACAACAAUGUCGAGGACUCCGCGACGGACAUCCCUGCUCCUUCCCGGGUUUCAGCACAUUCGGGCAAUGUGGGGGGGUUUAAGGGAAAGGAGGAGGCGAGAACCGGCUUGACAAUAUAAAUAAUAGUUUUAAUAAUGAACUGAACGAAAAA